UUUUUUAAACUUCUGACUCCUUUAUUUACUUAUUCUUAUUCCAAAAUAUUUUAUUUCCCCCAAUUACAUGUAAUAACAAUUUUCAACAUACAUUUUCCAAAAUUAUUAAGAUCCAAAUUGUCUCCUUUUCUCUCUUCCUUUCUCCCUCUUGGAGAUAGCAAUGUUUAUACAUUUCAUAGGUAUCAAUUUAAUUAACAUUCUAAAUAUUUCCUUUGGUCCUAGUGGGUGAUCACACAAUUAACUUCCCUAUUUCCUCCAAGUUUUUUGUGCCCAACAAGGCCCCCUGUUCUGAAAAUGGUUUCUUCACUUCCACAAGCCUGUUUUGUUGUUUUUAACCUUUACCUUCUGUCUUAGAAUCGGUGUCGGUUCUAAGGCAGAAGAAUGGUAAGGGCUAGGUAAAUGAACUUAAGUGACUUAAGAGUCACCCAACUGGGAAGUCCACAAGCUUUUAACAUGCCUCAUCUUGAAGAUUUAAAUGUGACAUUCACAAAAAUGUGAAGCUAUUACUUUGGUCCAAAUAUCAUGUGCUCUUUUCUAAGGGGAAUUCCUGAAACAAGAACCAUAUCUGUUCACUACAGCUGCUGGCACGAAUGACUGACCAGUUUUGGAAGGAUGGCUUCAGCAAGCUAAAACCUUUUGCAUGAUCGGCGAUUUCUCAAGCCCACCAAGAAAACCAGUCACAUCAUUUUAUGUUCCAUGAAUCCUCUCCAGCUCUGCUUUGGGACAGUUUUCUCCUUGGGAAUUCUGGAAUGAGAAAGUAUUUAAGACAACAUCCAAGUGCCCUUGAUGGAGAGAUUGUCUACAUAAGAUAUGUGGGCAUGAGUUCCCGAUUCAAUUGGACUAAACCUAUAAGAGCCCUUCGAGAUUAUCAACUAAGGUUCGGUCUUGCUCGAAUGAUGUGCCAAGGACUCCUUAAGAUCUUGCUUUCAUUCUCUGUCCAGCUUUCUUUAAAAAUCCCAAAAGAAUGAGACUCCUGCAUUGCUUUAUUCCCAGCAUUUGUUCCUUUGGUCAGCUCUGAUGCAAGGAAAAAGCCUCCUAGCCAAUGAAGCGGGUUUCACGCUAGCAUGGAUCUGCAUCAGAUGAGCAGUCCCUAGGGGAGGGAAGGUGCCCUCUGCCUUAAGUAGGUGAGGAUACCGGGCGCGCGUCGUCUCCUCUUUCAACUAGCCAGGCCACCGGCUCCGGCUCCGCCUCCGUCUCCGUUGUCUCAGCUGCCUGCGCCUGCGCGCCGGGAGAACUUCUUGGCCCCGUUCCUUCCCCACCCCCCUACCCCUGACACCGCCCUUUCCCGCCCUCUCCCGCCCCGCACGCCGUCAGCCUAGUAUGGUCUUCACUGCGCGUGCUCGCUGGACAUAGGUCCCGGAGAAAGGGCGGGGAGGAGAGGAAGCCGAGGGGAAGAGAGCCCCCGGCAGCAGCGAGGGGGUGGGAGGCAGGGUGCAUUGUGGGAAGGAGGCGGCAGCGUCCCGGGCGGGCGGGCUGGCUAGCGCUGUCGGUGGCGGCGGUAAAUCCUCCCGGCCGCUCACAGCACUGUAGAGCUGCGUCCCAAGCCCGGCCUCGGCCCGCAGCGCCCCUCCUCCUCCUCCUCCUCCUCCUCUUCCACCUCCUCUCGCCCUCCCUCCCUUCCUCCUUCCUCGUCCCCUCCUCCUCCUCCUCCUCCCCUCCGAGCCCAGCCGGGCCGGCCUCCCCGGGGGCCGGGAGGCGGCCGGCGGGGAGCAGGGGGAGGAGACCCGGCCGGCCGGACGGGCGACGAUGCCGAACUUCUGCGCGGCCCCGAACUGCACGCGGAAGAGCACACAGUCGGAUCUGGCCUUCUUCAGGUUCCCGCGGGACCCGGCCCGGUGCCAAAAGUGGGUGGAGAAUUGUAGAAGAGCUGACUUAGAAGAUAAAACACCUGAUCAACUCAACAAGCAUUAUCGUCUUUGUGCCAAACACUUUGAGACAUCUAUGAUUUGUAAGAGUAGCCCUUAUAGAACGGUUCUCCGAGAUAAUGCUGUACCAACAAUAUUUGACCUUACAAGUCAUCUGAACAAUCCACAUAGUAGGCAUAGAAAACGAAUAAAGGAGUUGAGUGAGGAUGAAAUCAAGUCACUGAAGGAGCGAAAAAUUGAUGAAAGUUCUGAACAAGAACAAACCAAUCAAGAAACAAAUAAUAGCAAUAGUGCUCAAAAUGCAGUUGCGGAAGGAGGAGGAGAACAGGAUGAAGAAGUUUUACCUUUAACACUUGAAGAGAAGGAGAACAAAGAUUACCUUAAAUCUUUGUUUGAAAUUUUGAUCCUUAUGGGUAAACAAAAUAUACCCUUAGAUGGCCAUGAAACUGAUGAAAUUCCAGAAGGAAUAUUUAUGCCAGAUAACUUCCAAGCUCUGCUUGAGUGUAGAAUUAAUGCUGGUGAUGAGGUUUUGCGGAAACGCUUUGAGACAACAGCAGUUAACAUGUUAUUCUGUUCUAAAACCCAGCAAAAACAAAUGCUGGAGAUCUGUGAGAGCUGUAUUCGAGAAGAGAUGCUCAGGGAAAUUCGGGACUCUCACUUCUUUUCCAUUGUUACUGAUGAUGUAGUGGACAUAGCCGGAGAGGAGCACUUACCUGUGUUGGUUAGGUUUGUGGAUGACUCUCAUAACUUGAGAGAAGAAUUUAUAGGUUUUCUUCCUUAUGAAGCUGAUGCUGAAAUUUUGGCCAUUAAGUUUCAUACCACCAUUACUGAAAAAUGGGGCCUGAAUAUGGAGUACUGUCGUGGUCAGGCCUAUAUUGUCUCCAGUGGGUUUUCUUCGAAGAUGAAAGUUGUGGCCAUGAGACUUUUGGAGAAAUAUCCUCAAGCUGUCUACACCCUUUGCUCCUCCUGUGCCUUAAACACAUGGUUGGCAAAAUCUAUUCCUGUUGUGGGAGUGUCUGUCGCUUUAGGAAUAAUUGAAGAAGUUUGUUCUUUUUUUCAUCGGUCCCCACAGUUGCUGGUGGAACUUGAUAAUGUUAUCUCUGUUCUCUUUCAGAAUAGUGAGGAAAAAGGUAAUGAGCUGAAGGAGAUUUGCCGUUCUCAAUGGACAGGCAGGCAUGAUGCCUUUGAGAUUUUAGUGGACCUUUUACAAGCACUUGUUUUAUGUUUAGAUAAUAUAAACAGUGACACAACUGUUAGAUGGGAUAACUUUAUUGCUGGCCAAGCAUUUGUACUUGGUAGUGCAUUAGUAGAUUUUGAUUUCAUUGUUACUGUUGUGGUUCUAAAAAACAUACUCUCCUUUACAAGAGCCUUUGGGAAGAAUCUCCAGGGUCAGACCUCUGAUGUCUUUUUUGCAGCCAGCAGUUUGACAGCAGUGUUACAUUCUUUAAAUGAAGUGAUGGAAAAUAUUGAAGUUUAUCAUGAAUUUUGGUUUGAGGAAGCCACAAAUUUGGCCACUAAACUAGAUAUAGAAAUUAAACUCCCUGGAAAAUUUCGCAGGUCUCAGCAAGCUAACUUAGAGCCUGAAGUGACAUCUGAAAGUUACUACAAAGAAGUUCUUAGUGUCCCAACUGUGGAGCACAUCAUUCAGGAACUGAAGGAUAUCUUCUCUGAACAGCAUCUCAAAGCACUCAAAUGUCUGUCAUUAGUGCCCUCUGUCAUGGGGCAGCUGAAAUUUAAUACAUCUGAGGAACAUCACGCUGAUAUGUACAAAAGUGACCUUCCUAAUCCAGAUACUCUUUCUGCAGAACUCCAUUGUUGGAGAAUCAAAUGGAAACACAGAGGAAAAGAUAUAGAACUUCCAGCAACAAUUUAUGAAGCCCUGCAUUUACCAGACAUCAAAUUUUUCCCUAAUGUUUAUGCAUUACUUAAAGUCCUCUGCAUACUCCCAGUGAUGAAGGUUGAAAAUGAGAGAUAUGAAAAUGGUCGAAAACGUCUUAAGGCAUAUUUGAGGGAUACUUUGACAGCCCAUCGGUCAAGUAACUUGGCUUUGCUUAACAUAAACUUUGAUAUAAAACAUGAUUUAGAUUUAAUGGUGGACACUUACAUCAAACUUUAUGCAAGCAAAUUGGACCUCCAAGAAGAAGUUCUUCCUACCAGUAAUUCAGAACCAACUGAAAAUACAUAAGGAAACUGACCAAAAUAGGUUUUCUUCUGGAAUUUACAUAUUGGGGGUUGAGAGAGAAGCCCUGCAAUAUUGAUAGGCAACUUAAUCAUUGAAGAUAAGUUUGCCUUUAGGUCUUUUUUUGGAUGUGUUAGCCAUUGAUAAUCUGUAUGUUAAAUUGUUGCUCUAUGAACUAGAAUACUUGGGAAAUUGACCUUCCAAAAGGUAAAAAUACUACAUUUCAUUUCUUUGUGAUUUCUGCUGAUAGCUACUGCUCUGGAGAUUUUUUGGUUAAUUUCAUUCUGGGACAUGUAACUUGUGAUUACCAGGGAUCCAACUAUCAGGUUUUGGGUUUCCCUAGUUAUUGUGAAAAAAUAAGUAUUAGGAGAAGAGAUGGAAAAAAAGUUAGUUAAAGUGAAGCUCACUACUGACUACUGAUUCCUAUGGGUUUGUUUUUUAAAAUGUUGUACAAUUGACAGUAAAUAGAUGUGUUGGAGAAUGGUUUAUCCUAACCGUGACUUCAUACACAUUUCCAUGUCAACUCUGACUUCAUCAAGUGAAUGUAAAUGAAUGAGUUCACUUAAAAUUUAAGUGAUAGAGCCAAUGUUGUUCCUCGUAAAUGAAUGAUUGUUGUGGUUUACAUUCCUCUAUUGGGGCUACACAGCAACUGUUUCAUGAACUUUUCACAGGUGUAUGUCAAAUAUUCUGUUCUGUGAUCUUGAAGCUGAUUUCACAAACAUAAAAACUGAUACGUUUGUGUUUUUUCUGCCUUUUCCCAUGCCUCAUCUUGACUUGUAAACCUAACCUGGAGGAAUCGCAAAUUAGGAUUUUGUGGUUUAUCUAGGAGUAAUGAGGAAAAUAUUACUGUUAUUUUUGGUGAGGAAAAACAAUUUUUGUAUAGUUUAUUUCAUUCUAAAUAAAAAUGUGAAUUUUCUUUAA